GGGAAGAUUAGCUUGUUGGUGCCCUGUUUGGCCGCUCUUCCACACUGGAAUGUUCUAAGGGGUGAUCUCGCCGUACGAGUCGCACAUCGCUAUGGGCAAUGCGCCGAUGGGGCUGCAGGGCCGUGCGCCGCAGGGGCGGCAAGGCCACGUAGGAGGUUCCGGCGCGCAGAAUAGCAUCGCUGCCAUCGCAAAUCCAACGGUACGCAAAUGGGGAGAGGCACGGGAAGGGGAUGGAAAGGAGGCCAGGCAGGUGAGAUUCUGGCUGAUGCAUCCAUCCAUCCGUGUGUUGUUUGGCUGCUGUUUCCCAUUGCAGGAUGGACCGCACACGCAGACGUACCAUGGCCAGAACCGCAAGAAGUCACAGCAGAAGUAAGCAGAGCAGCGUUGUUGCAUGCGGCUCAGCAGUUGGUGUGUGGUGUGAUGUGGUGUGUGAUGUGGUGUGUUGUGGUGCAGGGUCCACGUUGCGCUGCCCGUGCCGUUCAGCCAGGAGUUGUUCGGUCUUCCGAGACUCGAGUAUGGCCCCUGCUACCCAGGCCCCUCCAUCCCGCCGCAAAUCUACCAGCAAUACCACGGACCCCCUUCCCACAUGGUCAUGGCGCCGCACAUGAUCAUGGCGCCACACCGCCCUCACCGUCACGGCCCCCCUCCGCUGCCCCCACACACCCACAUAGACGAAGGCCCUCACAUGGCGAACCUCGUGCCACCCCACCUCAUGCCACCGCACAUGCUACCGCAGAACCCUCGCCCUCCCCCGCACGGCCCCCCUCCCCCUCCGCCACACUCCCACAUCGACGACGAGCCGCCAAGGCCAGCAGAAGAGGAGCAGCCACUUCUCUUUUCGGAGGUGUCUGGUGAGGAUGGCGAGGUGGACUCGUUUCGGGGGGAGGGCGACUACCCGCACGAUCCGACGGCCUACCCGGUGAUGCCGUCCCGCUGGCCGUACGAUGAGAUCACCAGAUUCUACUUCGUCAAGGUAGGCAGGAAAAAACAAAGGGAGGGAGAACAGAAGAGGGUGUGACUGCACUCUGUGUGGUGUGGUGUGGUGUUGUGUGGUGUGUGUUGUGUGGUGUGUGUUGUGUGGUGUGUGAUUGCAGUAUCCGUACGUUGAGUUGGGCAGGGGCACGUAUGGCUGUGCAGUCAAGGCUUGGAGCAAGCAGACGGGCGAGCCCGUGGCCAUCAAGGUCGCAUUCCGAGAGCAUCACCACAUACGCAGCCAAGUGAGCGAGCGGGGAGGGGGAGACCACACACACACACAUCCACCGACAUAUGACACAUCUGUGUGUGUGUGUGUGUGUGUGUCGAUGACGUCUGUGUGUGCACGUGUGUGGUGUGUGCAGAUCGACAACGAGAUCAGCAUCAUGACUGUGCUGCAGCCUUACCCGGACUACUUCGUGCAGAUGAUCUCCGCCCACCACACGAGAGAUUUCACCUACAUCAUCAUGGAAUACUGCGAAUAUGACCUACCGAGAUGGACCUGGGAGUGAGCAGACCGACACACACAGACACUGACAGAGACACGCACUUUUCCUGUGUGGCGUGACACAUGUGUAUCCGUGUUGUGGUCAGGGUUGCAUCGGGGAUGACGCCCAUACCUGUCGUGGCCCUCUGGACGCGGCAUACCGUCAAGGCCCUGGACAUCCUCGCCACCCUGUAAUACACAGCAGGCCUUCCCCCCAUCUGUAUGUGUGUGUACGCGCGUGUGCUGUGUUGUGUUGUGUGUGCCUUUUCAGGGGCAUACAGCACAGGGACCUGAAGGUGAGACCCAGCCCCCCACCAUCCCCACGCCCACACACAGACAAAACACAUCCUCCUCUCCAUCUGUGUUUGGGUGCGUGUGUGUGUGUGUGUAUGUGUGUGUGUGCAGCCGGCCAACUACCUCCUCAAGCCGAUGACGCUCAACCUGCCCCCGCAUGGCACGCGCACGUUUUGGAUGCCGAAGAUCUGCGACUUCGGCACCGCCACACGCAGCUGAAGACUGGGUGGGCAGCAAAUGCCAUGCAUGCCGCCCAACACACGCACACACUCGCUUUGGUCACCUCUUCUUGUCCGUGUGUGUGCGUGUGUCCUUUGUGCAGUCGCGUGGGUAGCAUCGACUGUUCGGACCCGCAGCUUGACGCAGGCCUACCGCAUCGCCCCUCAUCGGACAUGUUCUCAGCGGGUACUCAUCCAACGACGACGACGACCACCGCCGCCGUCACACACUCGUGUGUGUGCGUGUUGCGUGGUGUGUGUCAGGCCUCACGAGUUCGUUCAUGCUCAUCAACCUUCUCGUCCUGGGCGGGGCGCCCUACAAGCGGGCGGACGAGAGGGGCGUGCCGGACGACAGCUAUGACGACGAGCACAUUGAGGUACUUCACCCCUCCCACCGACACACAGAGAGACACACGUGGAUGGACGGAUGGAUGGAUGGAUGUGUGUUGCAGAAAGUCCGUGAGGAGGUGUGCAAUCCCGACUGGCCCAAGGGCAAGCUGUGGCAGAAGCUCGAGGUGGCCCACAAAUUCGGCCACAAGGCCCCCUACACCGAACUCCAUAAGCUGCUCGACUUCCAAUCAACCAUGCUGGCCCUCGACCCGGACAAGAGACUCACCGCCCAGGAGGUGGGUGCAAGAAACAAACCACCACACGCAUUUCAAUGACCACAUCACAUCACAUCACAUCACAUCUGUGUGUGUAUCCUUUGUGUGUUGUUCAAUUCAUCCUUCAGAUUAGUGACCCCAUCACCUUUCACCCGUUGGUCGUGUGGGCUAGGGAGGUGGCCGAUCGGCUGCUGUUCGGCACGAGCCCGAGGGACCUCAGCUACUUCCGUCUAAUCGAGGCCGCCUACAACUCCCAGACCAAGGAGUACCAAUCGGUGACCUCGACGCGACGAGAGAAGUUGCCGCCCCCGGCCGCCCUCCCCCAGACACCCGCACCAGCCCCACCGGUCAAGAGCCCCCCGCCGAGCCCCACCAGACUCAUCAAAAAGCCGAAUGCGGGCUCGUCUGUGAAGUAAGCUGCAACGGGUGGGUCGGGGGGUCGAAUGGAUGGAUGGAUGGAUGGAUGGUACUGCAGGCCUCGUUUCGAUUCCCCCGGUGGCUCAGAGGGCUUCAUGGACCGCAACAAGGGCACACAGGUGAGUGUCUGUAUGGGGGCGAAGACGAGGCUGGGCAUUGAAGCGAUGCUUGGUGGCCAUGUGCAGGUGUCUGUGGAGGCGUACCGUCCGUUUGACGACCUCGACGCGACGCUGCACCACUGCAGCACCGCCCUCGGUGAGCAGGCAAAGGAGGGUGGAAAUAAGACACACAUCCUGGGCGCGCUCCACGGGUCUCUGUGUGUGUGUGGGCCAAGCAGGUGUGGCGGGGCGGUUCCGCCGGGUGGCAUGCCCCAACAGGGGUGUGCACACGGCUGAGUUAGGGUGUUUGUAUGAGUUCGACGAUACCGCCUUUGUUAGGAUUCGCAUGAGUGAGAGUGGUUUGGAAGGUAGGUGAGCGGGCGACCGAGACAGAUACCCCAAAACACACACACACACACACACACACAUCGCACAUCGCACAUCGCACAUCGCACAUCGCACAUCGCACAUCGCACAUCGCACAUCGCACAUCGCACAUCAUGGCCGUAUAUCCCUCCCUCCCUCCUUGUCUGUCUGUCUGUCUGUCUGUCUGUGUGUCAGUCCUCUCCAUUAGUGAGCCCAUUAGCCACUGGGGGGGCCUGCGUGAGUUCCUGGCCUCGGUCGGCAUCGAGACGCCGCCCCCCAUGGUUCCACUCAACACACAGAAAGGCCAGACCACCACACAGCCAGGUGCCACCAGCAGCAGCAACACGGGGGGGCCAUGGGUGUGGAAGGACUUGGUUCCGCCCCCAUGAGCGAAGGCAGGCAUACUCACGGAUGGAUGGAUGGAUCGAUAACUAGGCUACCGUAGGACACAUACGCACCUGGCUGGCUUUCAGUACUACUACUGCAUUAUGGGAUGGGUUGGGGGGUUGGUGGUGCAACAGGCAGGCAGGCAGGCUGUGUUUGGGAUGGAUGGAUGGAUGGAGGCCUGCUGCCCGAGGGUGCCCGACAGUGGAGGAUAGCAGCGCGUGUGUGCGUGUGUGUGAGAGUGUGAGAGUGUGUGUGUGUGCAUUGUGGUCGCAUGGAUAUGUCUGCAGUGCUGGGAGGGG